CCAAACCCAUUUUUCUGCAGUCCUAUGUAGGAUACGCGAUCGUGCGGAUGCAAGGCAGUGUUCCACACAUUUUCGGCCUCUAAAUAUUCGCUUCGCGCGCUGCUAAAUAUUACCGAAUCGAUAAUUUUAAAAUACCCUGUGACUGGAAUAUAAAAAUUAUACCGUCAUCAUGACUGACAAAGAUCUCGAGAAACCAACUACGGACCUAAACGCAUUAAAAAUUGACGAAUCACCGGCCGCUUCCCCUACACCGGGAAGCAAUUCAUCCCUACUCACAUUCGAAACAAACUUCAAGAACUUCGCAAAGUUCGGAGACCCAAAAUCGGAUGGCAAACAGAUAACUCUAUCGAACAGCGACAAAUGGAUGAAGCAAGCGAAGAUCAUCGAUGGAAAGAAGAUUACGACAACGGAUACCGGUAUUCAUUUUAAAAAGCUUAAAUCGCUAAAAGUGGGAAUUGUACAGUAUAAACAAUUCCUUGAAGAUUUGGCUAAAGCUAAAGGUAUGGGGGUGGAUGAAAUUAAAGACAAGUUGGUCAGUUGUGGACCACCAGCAACUCCUGGUGGUUCAUCUACAACUGCCAAAGCAGCAGCGGCAGUCGAUCGACUAACAGACACGUCAAAAUACACCGGCACACAUAAACAAAGAUUCGACGACACUGGCAAAGGCAAGGGCAUUUCCGGAAGGAAAGACAUGGUUGAUUCAUCUGGAUAUGUUACCGGUUUUCAACAUAAAUAAAAUAUAAAAUAUCACUGUCUUUCUAAUCACUAAAAUUUUUCGAAUUGUAUUCGGGAAAAAAAUUAUGAUGGUAGAGAGUGUUUAAGCUGAUUUUUAAGGGAUGAUAAUUAUUAUUUUUGUAGUCACAUGGAAAUAUUUCGAUAAAAGUUUGCAGUAUUUCAAACCUUGCCAUGUUCUUAACGUAAUUAUAUAAGAAGAUAGCUAUGCGUUUU